UUUUCCAACCAACUUAUGAAAAAUUUCCUACUCUCACUGUGUUUCUGUUUCUCUCCAACUUUCUGGCGAUCCAAACAAACUAAUUAAGGCCCCGCUUCAUUACAGAACCCGCCUUUCUCACCAUUUUCCAAACAUUCAUUUUCCCUUCAUUUUUCUCUCUUUCUUUCCGCGGUGUCUGCCUUUCCCCAACGAAUUUGUUGCUAACAUUUUUGGAAACUCUUGGACAACCUAUCAACAUGGAUGGAUUACUUGAAGAACGUUGAGUGAUAUCUGUAAGGGUUAUCACUUUCGAAAAGAUAUAAGAUGGCUCCAACUAAUAAGGCUGAAAGAAAAGCAGUUGUAGAUGUGGCUGCUUGGAUGUUCAAUGUUGUCACUUCUGUUGGAGUUAUUAUUGUCAAUAAAGCCUUAAUGGCUACUUACGGUUUCAGUUACGCCACAACAUUAACAGGUUUGCAUUUUGCUACCACUACCCUGAUGACAGCUGCUCUAAGAUGGUUUGGAUUCAUUCAAUCUUCUCAUCUCCCCUUGUCAGAGCUUUUGAGAUUUAUUUUGUUUGCUAACUUCUCUAUAGUUGGAAUGAAUGUUAGCCUGAUGUGGAACUCUGUGGGAUUUUAUCAGAUUGCUAAACUGAGUAUGAUUCCUGUAUCCUGCUUUUUGGAGGUUGUGAUGGACAAGAUUCGGUACUCAAGAGAUACAAAGUUGAGCAUAGCUGUUGUUCUUCUGGGAGUUGGUGUUUGUACUGUCACUGAUUUGAGCGUUAAUACCCAAGGUUUCAUAGCUGCCUUUAUUGCAGUUUGGAGUACUUCUCUGCAACAGUAUUAUGUUCUUCACCUCCAAAGAAGGUACAAUCUUAGUUCCUUCAACCUACUAGGAUAUACUGCUCCUGCACAGGCUGCAACUCUGUUGCUAUUAGGUCCAUUUCUGGAUUAUUGGUUGACAAACAAGAGAGUUGAUGCCUAUAAUUAUAACCUAGUAUCUCUGAUGUUCAUAAUUCUUUCAUGUACUAUAGCAGUAGGAACAAACCUCAGCCAGUUCAUCUGCAUCGGCAGAUUUACUGCAGUGUCCUUUCAAGUACUCGGGCAUAUGAAGACAAUCCUUGUGUUGAUCAUGGGAUUCUUUUUCUUUGGGAAAGAGGGUCUCAACCUGCAUGUGGUUCUAGGCAUGAUCAUAGCUGUGGCCGGAAUGAUUUGGUAUGGAAACGCUUCAUCUAAGCCUGGUGGGAAGGAGCGCCGGAGCCUCUCUGUCCCUAUCAGCAGACAACAAAAGCAUGCUAGUUUCUCGGAUUCUAAUGAACACGACGGUAGUGUCUAGUUCUCCAUGUAGGAUAAUUUAAGCAUACAAGAGUAGCUGAUUUCAUAUAAGUUAAUUGGUUAUCCAUGAUUUCAGAAAAACCAACCAUAAUUUUAAAUCAAUUUUUUAUUCUGAUUUUUUGUAA